GACAUUUCAAGCAUCGAUACACAUUCAGCUGCGCUGCGAUGUGCACGCGAGGGCAAGGGCCUUUGCACGCACGGGGGGCUAGUUGCACGGCUGCUCGAAGGUAGAUGGGGGUGAACUACACGGCGGCUGGGAAGAGCGGGAGCGACCUGGCUCGCCAAACUUGUGCCGCCUGGAGUGUGGCGAAGAGAUCUAUGCGGAACGGGGAAUGGCGCAGUGACAUGCGCGAGGCGACGAACGCGCGCGAGAGAGAGAGGACUAGAGGUGACACGGACGGGGGGGGGGGGGGGGGGGGCGGCGCAAUGGCGAGGCCGCGUUCACAAAGACGAGAGCUGGGUAAGAGAGUGUGGGUGUUCGCCGCGCGAGGAUCUUGAUGGGGCACGAAGGCGGGCGGAGUCGAUGGGCAUGCGUCGCUCGAUGC